AUGUAUUCUGUUUUUGUCUCCCUUCUCUUAUUGGAGCUCUGCUCUAUGAUACAACGGGCUGUCAGAUCACAAGACGUCUGCAUCGCAGACCAGUGUCGUAAUUUGGAGUUCGGACCUGAGAAAGCAUUUGGCGGGAAACGCCUCAUAAACCACACAAUUCGCACCGUAGAAAUUCCAGUUUCCAACUUCUGUGAAAACUUGUGUUAUAUGGAGCCCGACUGUGUCAGCAUUAAUCUUUAUACACGGGCAGAUGGAAAUGGAAACUAUAAAUGUGAACUGAACAAUGCUACUCAUGAAGGACACGAAGGAAAGUUGAUAGAACAAGAAAUGUAUGUUUAUCACGCAGCUGAGAGCAAUUGUGUUGAAAAUCCUUGUAAGAACAAUGCUACUUGUCAAAGCGGAUUUACUAAGAAAGGUUUUCGGUGUCUGUGUAUCACUGGAUUUGAGGGUCCGAUUUGCGAAAGAGGAGCUUCCUCGUGUAAAGAAAUUAAUAAAAUGCAAUUAUCCAAUGUGAGUGGUGUGGUUACCCUUCUUGUUGACUCCCAACCAUUGUCUGUUUUCUGUCACAUGGGAAAUUUUGGCUGUGGAGAUGGAGGAUGGACGCCAGUCAUGAAGAUUGACGGCAGAAAGACCACCUUCCAUUAUGAUGAGCAUUACUGGAUAAAUGAUCAAGAAUACAAUCUUCCCGGAGGAGCGACUGGGUUCGACGGACAAGAGUCAAAGCUACCCACCUACUGGAACACAUCCUUCUCCAAGAUCUGUCUCGGUAUGAAGAUCAACCAACAGCUCAGGUUCAUUGUCAUCCACAAGCAGGCUGACUCUCUGCACUCACUGAUCGCUGAUGGCCAAUACCGCGCCACCUCACUUGGUCGUGACAAGUGGAAAGAGUUGAUUGGUUCCCAAGGCUCGUUACAGGCCAACUGCAACAAAGAAGGGUUUAAUGUCGUUUGUAGUUGGAGUAGAUAUUCUAAAGCCAGAAUUGGUAUUGUUAGCGAAAACAAGAAUGAGUGUGGCUCGUGCGACUCAAGGAUCGGAUUUGGGACAAAAGGGCGACCUGACGAUUCAAACACGUGUGGUAACGAGGCCGUUAAUAAUCCAGAUAAUGGAAACAAACACCUCAAAGCCAUGGGAUACAUCUUGGUACAAUAA